CCACCCUCGCUGGACAACACACGCGCCAUCCCUGGUGGGUUCUGACAGCCCUGAACCCGUCACCAGGGACCCUUUCAACACCGAAGUGAUGCCCAGCACCCUGGCAGACACCGUCACCACCGUCAUGGGCAGCUCGCAGCCCGUCGUGAGCCGCGGCACUGCCGACAACCUCAUCCCCGUCUACUGCUCCAUCCUGGCGGCCGUGGUGGUGGGGCUGGUGGCCUACAUCGCUUUCAAAAGGUGGAACAACUGCAAACAGAACAAACAAGGGGCCAACAACCGCCCGGUGAACCAGACACCUUCGCCGGAGGGAGAGAAGCUGCACAGCGACAGCGGCAUCUCGGUGGACAGCCAAAGCCUGCACGACCAGCAGCCGCCCAGCCAGAGCACCCAGGGACCAGCACCCAAGGGAGAUGGGAACCUCUACAUCACCCUGCCACCCAGCAAGCAGGAGGAGGUGGAGAAGCUGCUGAGCAGCUCUGCGGAGGAGACGUGGAGGCAGCUGGCCGGGGAGCUGGGCUACAAAGAGGACCUCAUAGACUCCUUCACCCGGGAGGAAUCGCCCGUCCGGGCUCUCCUGGCCGACUGGUCCUCCAAGGAGACGGCCACCCUCGACACCCUGCUCGCUGCCCUGCGCAAGAUCCAGCGCGGGGACAUCGCCGAGAGCUUGUACAGCGAGUCCACUGCCACCUCUCCCGUCUGAAGGGUGGCCCGGGGUGGCCCCGCGGGGUCCCCUUCCC